AUUGUACCCUUAAUAUGUAUGUGGGGUUGCUGCAACCAAGCUGAUUUGUUAUGUCCAGCUACAGGCUUGCAUGAGGCUUCCAGGAAUAAAAAAGUGGGUCAGAAGAAGCACUUUCGCUGUUUGCUACAACAGCAAUAAUGAAUCUGCCUAGGAGACACAGGAAAGGAUUUAUGGCACUACACGCUCUGUUGCAGCAGCAUUAUUUCUCCCUGCCCUAUUAGCUUGGUGCUCUUUUUACUGCUGUGUUAGAACAGCUAGACAACAUUUGACAGGCAUUCCUUCUGGUAUUAGUAGUGCCCUGGACAGCUGUCUUCUCCUGACUACUAACUACUGCCCUUUCCAUUAUGCCAGCAGGGCUGACUGAUGGUUGUGCGUGGAACAAGAUCAGAAAAUUGAUCUGGAUUAAAACCAGUAUCUUUCCCUAUGGUUAUUUGUAAGCUGCAUCAGUCGUGUGACCUGUUCUCUGGGCAGCUGCACAAACAGGAAUGACACAAUGACAGAAAGGAGGAGUGGGCAGGGGUUGCUGUGGACAGGUAUUUGCUGGGUAGUGGGAGACACCGGAGAAGACAAUGAUCUCCUGCUAAAUGUGGAAGGUCAAUCUGUCUCUUCCAGGCUGAUGAUUGAAAUUCUGUCAUAUUUUACUCCCAACGGCAGCACAGUCAGUGACAGAGACUCAGGUAAUUGCUGACAGCAAGUUCAUCUAAAUCCAUCUGAGAUGGACUAGGAACUUGAGGAUAAAAAGGGGAAAUGUCUUUGGCAGCUUCUCUUCUCAGGACAGAUAUUUCUGAACUGUUCGACCAGUGUUACUCGAAGUGACAUUUUCUUAAUUUGACUCCUCAAAUAAAUGUAGAUAGAGAAUCGAAAUCUGUCCAUGCUUUUCUUAGUGUGAGUGUUUUGUUUUUAGGAGGGCUUCUUUUCAUAACAACCAAAAUGAUUCUAUAUGGGAAAGGCAAGUAUUACACGCUAAUGAAGCUACCUUAUAUUUUAUUAACUGCUUUCACUGGCAUCUUAAUGAACUCAAGUUUUGGCCUCUAUUUUAGGCUCAGGCCUAAUGUUGCACCUGCAAGAGACAGCAGUAUGUGUGAAUGCAAGUUAUAUCUAUUAAUAUGUGUCUCUAUAUGUAAAUCACAGAUAUUUGGGCACCAAUAUUUCCGUGCUGCUUCUUUAGAGGAAGCAAAUGUGAGGCUUAUAGUUAUUGGGCAGUCAUCUUAUCACCACAUCAAGCCCUUUUGCAGUUUAACUGGGUAUACACAUGAAAUGUAUGUAGAUCCGCAAAGGGAAAUUUAUAAAACGCUUGGCAUGAAAAGAGGUGAAGGUAAUAACAUAUCAGAUAACAAUAUUUGGUGGUUUUGUUUAGUGCGGAGCCCUCAUGUGAAAUCAAACGCACUUCUGGGAAGCAUCAGGAGUAUAUGGAGAGCAAUGACUGGCCCAGCUUUUGAUUUCCAAGGAGACCCUGCUCAGCAGGGAGGAGCUUUGAUCAUAGGCCCAGGCAAUGAAGUUCAUUUUUUGCACCUCGAUAAAAACAGGCUGGAUCAUGUUCCCAUUAAUACAAUUUUGCAGCUGGCAGGAGUUAAAACAGUGAAUUUCUCAAACAAACCCCAGAUCAUUGACAUAUGACACUGACAUAAUAUAUACUUUUUUGUAAACUUAUGCUCUACAGGAACAAUUCUCCAGUGAAUUCCAACAAGCAUUGGUAAUCUUGUGUCUUUAUAGGACAUCUGAAACCUUAUCUAGAAAAUCAGAGCACAGAAUAAACUACCUGGCACUGAAGACGGACACAAAAGUGCUAUUCCCAUUGAGUACAAGAUAAUACAAACUAAAAGACAACUGAGGCUGAUUGCAAAAAAUCCUGGAGAUUAUUGUUGUCUCAUGAAACAAGCUUGCUAAUAUAUUUUAAAAAUCAUUGUUCCAGAUGCGGUAAACUAAAAAAUCUGAUUUUGGUCAGGAAGAACAUGCCUUCAGCAGAUCAACACUGUCUUUCAAUCCAAUACUUCUCAGCACUGUUUUAAAGCUUCAAGCACCGUAUGACAAUCUUGUAUUAAAAUAUACCCUGAAAAGUCACAGUGUUGAACACUGGGACUUAAGCUUAUACCUACUUUUGCAUCUGACACUGGCAGACAUUAUGAAAUACAUUUCAUAAUUUUAAAUAAAUAUUUUAAAUACAUCA